GCUGUAGUCCGAAAGCUGUCUCGGAUUCAGUUAGUAAGUGGCAAUAGCUACUUAUUGACACUUCAGCUAGUAAGUGGCAAUAGCUUUUCCGUGUCUUGCUUGAGCACAUUGUUGAAACGAGGUGGUUAUCAACUUUUGACGUAUUUUUGUAACUUCGUUCCCCACCACGCCAUAAAAAGAGCUUUUACAGAUCACGAGAAAGAGCACAUUUGAAAGUACUAAACACCGAGUUCUCAGUUUUGCUACACUUUUUAGCUGAAAUAGUAGCAGCAGAAAAAGUUGACGUAGAAAAAUAUUUUUGAGUUUGGAAAGUUUCCAUUUUUUGUCCACCUCCCUGACAGUUUGAUAUGCUAAACAUCGAAAGAUUUAUUGCAUGAAUACUUAGUAAAAUGUCUCGUCUAUAAUUCUAACAGUCUUUUAGAUAGCGCUUAUAAUGCAAUAAACAUGUGAACAUUCCUUGUUCAAGAUUCGAAUAUAUUUAGGAUUUACCAAAGGUUUUCAAAACAUCAAAUAAAUAAAUGUUCAAAAUAGUUACCAUUAUUAUUUAUACAAAAUUCCAUUUUUCCUAAUAGUUUGUCAAAAGUUUUUUUAAACUCUUUUUCUGGAAUAUUGUUCCCUAUCUCGCAAACCGCCCGAGCUAGUGAUUCUUCGUUUUCUUGGUCAGCCAAGUUAAUCUUGAUGUAAUCAUUGACCCAAAAGUCACAGGGUGCAAGAUCAGGUGAGUAUGGUGGAUGUGGUAUUAUUUCAAUACCUUCUUUCGUUAAAUAGUCAAUAACAUCCCGAUGAAUAUGAGGACGAAGAAAUCACUAGCUCGGGCGGUUUGCGAGAUAGGGAACAAUAUUCCAGAAAAAGAGUUUAAAAAAACUUUUGACAAACUAUUAGAAAAAAUGGAAUUUUGUAUAAAUAAUAAUGGUAACUAUUUUGAAUAUUUAAUAAAAUAAAGCUAAGCACAGAUUUUUCUUUAUAUAUUUUUAUUUGAUGUUUUGAAAACCUUUGGUAAAUCCUAAAUAUAUUCGAAUCUUGAACAAGGAAUGUUCACAUGUUUAUUGCAUUAUAAGCGCUAUCUAAGAGACUAUAAGAAUUAUAGACGAGACAUUUUACUAAGUAUUCAUGCAAUAAAUCUUUCGAUGUUAAGUAUUUUAUAAAAAUUUAAAGAUCGUUCUACGAACUUUUGGUCAGCCCUAAGUAAUUGGAAUAACUGCUUGCACGUCCGGUAGUGGCUCGUUUUUAAUAUCCGUCUGAAUGUUCCAUGAUAUAAUUCUGUAAUGAUUGUUCAUCCACUUGAACCAUAUAUCGUGUUGCAUAAUCAGGAGACCAAUUGUCAUUUGCUAUCAUUCGUUCUGCUUCUGUAAAAGCAUUAGCUUUAUCAGGAAAAUGACCUUUCGCAUGAUUUAUAGUCUGUUAAGCGUCAUCAUAUGCUUUGUUUUCAAUAAAUGCAGCGAUUACCACCACAAAAGAAUUGAAAAUGAUAUCUAAAGGCUGCUUUGUAGCCGCUUCGUUAAACUUUCCACCGGCUUCCUCAUAUUUAUCAAGUGCUGACUCUAUUUGGUUACGCGCUUCUCUUAAUUCCCCUUCAUCAUAUAAUUUUAAACCCUGCUCAUUUAUCUGUAAAGCUAUGUCUAUCGCCUUCCGCCACGUUAAAAUUUUUGCUGAUGGCUUCUCGGCUCGCCCCUUCUCGGCCUUCUUUUAUGCUGCUCUCCGCUCCCCUCGUGCUCUGAGCGCUUCUUCUACUCUGCGCGCUUUUUCUGCUCUCUGCGCUUCUUUUGCUGCUGCUCUCCACGCUUGUUCUGCAGCUCUCUGCACUUUUUCUGCUCUCUGCGCUUCUUCUGCUAUCUGCAGUAUUGCUUUCAGCGCUACUACUGCUGGUGAUAUAAACGCUUGUAUCACUGCUCUGCACGCUUGUUCUCUCCAUAUGUCGCAAUGGCACUUCUCGUCAGCAAUAUGAGGCAUGCGAAUCACCACGUGUAAGAAAACACCAUAACAGGACGCUUCAUUACAUUUACCACAUUGAGAACACGUUCGACAAAGCCACCGUAACUCAUUAAGGAGUACGAAUAAACACAAAACUCCCUGGAGAGUCUUCACGAAUUCAUCUCAAGAAAACGUCCGAAAAAAUCUGAUUAAUCUAUUAUUAUCUUAUUAAUCCGUUUUAAUCAUCGCUAUCCCAGAUGAGGACGGGGGUUUAGCAUUAGCAUUGCAUUAUUUAAAUACUAAUUUUAACACAAAAGUAUUAGCACUUUUUAAUACUAAUGCUAAGCCUAGGGGUGGCACUUUCUCUUUCAUACCUCCUUUUUUUAUUAACAAAAGAAAAGUUUUUCUUUUUCUUUACAACAAAAAAGAGUAAAGAUAUAAUGCAUAUCUUUUCUUUCAUAAGAAAACGGACAGUGGCACCUUUUCUUUUCCAGAAGAAAGAAAAGCAAUAUCUUUUCUUUUUGCAAGAAAAAGACCUUUUUUUGCACCUUUUAAGAAAGUCUUUUUCUUGCAAAAGGAAAAGAUAUUGCUUUUCUUUCUUCUGGAAAAGAAAAGGUGCCACUUUCCUUUUUCUUAGGAAAGAAAAAGAUAUACAUUAUAUCUUUACUCUUUACUUUUGGAAUAAAAGAUACCACUUUAUCGUUACUCAGGAAAGGAACGGGAAAGUGCCACCCCUAGCUAAGCCACCAUCCCUAAUCGAAGAUAAACUUUUUUCUCGGGAUUCGAACGCACAACCUUCGGUUUUUCAUAAUUACUUGGAUUUCUCGCGGUUAUAAAUCAUGACGUUGCUUAGUGGCGUCACCAGAAAAAAGACUUAAAAGGUGCAAAAAAAGGUCUUUUUCUUGCAAAAAGAAAAGAUAGUGCUUUUCUUUCUUCUGGAAAAGAAAAGGUGCCACUGUCCUUUUUCUUAUGAAAGAAAAGAUAUGCAUUAUAUCUUUACUCUUUUUUGUUGUAAAGAAAAAGAAAAACUUUUCUUUUGUUAAUAAAAAUCAUAUGCUUUGUUCAAUCAACGCGACAUCCACCUUGAUCAACAUAUCCAAUCAGCUUAAACCAUUUUUUUGUAUGAUACUACGACAAUAUUCUUCCCCCCCUUUUUUUAAUCUUUUUUCUUUCUCUUUUCAUUUUCUUUUUGCUUAUACUAAUUGUGCUUAUUACAAUGCAGAGCCCUGAUGAGUGUUCAUAUUCUAAUAAAUAACACGAAACGCGUCGACGAAUUUAACUCUGCAUUUCUUUAAUCCUUAUUUACAAGCACCUUAUUUAAAAGUCUUACAUCUCAACAAAGAUCGAUUACUGACAAGCAAAAGUUGAGAUCAGUGGGUUCAUUUGUAUCGAAAAUAUACAGGUCCGUCUGUUUUUCGAUUGAUUUACGCGCAAGUGAAAUGUUAACAUCAUGGUUGCUCCAUCCACCCUCACCCUCACUCUUAAGCAAUAUUUAUAUUAUUAACAAAACCAAAAGCAAUAACAAAUAUAUGAAAAAUAACAAUAAUAAUACUAACUAAUAAUAAUGAUGAUGGAGUGUAACAACUGUACACAGAAAACGAUAGGGACCACAUGAAGAAUGUUCUAGGAGCAAAAAAGACAGACAUAGAACCAGGGAGAACAGAAACACAAGAUAUGUAAAAUUAAAUCACGCUGUGAACGUAUAAUAGUAACAGUCUUGAUAUUUCGUUUUUAAUAUCCGUCUGAAUGUUCCAUGAUAUAAUUCUGUAAUGAUUGUUCAUCCACUUGAACCAUAUAUCGUGUUGCAUAAUCAGGAGACCAAUUGUCAUUUGCUAUCAUUCGUUCUGCUUCUGUAAAAGCAUUAGCUUUAUCAGGAAAAUGACCUUUCGCAUGAUUUAUAGUCUGUUAAGCGUCAUCAUAUGCUUUGUUCAUUAAGGGCCAAUGUUGAUUAAGGGCCAAUAAUGGAAUAUAUAUUGGAUUAAUUGAUAAUGACCUUGAAGCUGAUGAAUUAUCUAAACUUGACAAUUUACAAAUAUCAACAUUUGAUACAAAUUCAUUGAAUAAUUUAAAAAAAAAUAUUCAACAAGGAUAUGCAAUUAGUGUAGACAAUAUCAAAUUAUUAUUUGAUGCUCUGAUAAAUUCUGAUCAACAAGAACAAUCAUUGUCUAUUUACUGUGAAGCACAUUGUAUUCAAUCUUUAAAUGAUCAUUUAUCAUCAACUGUAUCCAUGAUUCAUGAUCGCGUUCAAUUGGACAUUGCACAUAUUCAUUAUGUAUUAGCCAAAUGUCUUGCACACUAUGUUGCAUUACCUUACAUUAUGGCACGAUUUUAUACAUUGACAGUUAAACAGUUUCUCUAUUUAUGUGAAGGUAAUGAGCUAUGGUCUCAUCAAUUAUGA